AUGGCUGCGGAAGGAUCGUCGAUGGCUGCUGUAGAGGCGGCGGCGGAAGGAGCGGCCGCGGGCGGAGCGGCGGGCGGAGCGGCGGAAGCGGGGGUGAUAUUCGUCCUGGAGAAGGCGUCGCUCGAAGUCGCCAAAGUCGGAAAGACGUACGUGCUGCUGAACUGCGACGACCACGCCAGCUUCCUGCGCAAGCACGGCAAGGACCCCGCGCUCUACCGCCCUGACAUCUGCCACCAGGCGCUACUAGCCAUACUAGACAGCCUGCUCAAUAAAGCUGGAAGGCUCAAGGCUCUCUACGCGCUACUUGCCGUACUAGACAGCCCGCUGAAUGAAGCAGGAAGGCUCAAGGCCCUUUAUGUGGCGACCACGCGCAACACGAUCAUCCAAGUCAACACCCCCUCCCCCCCCCCGUACCCCCCCUCCUUUGAAUGCUUGUCCAUCCCCUCCUUUGAAUGCCUGUCCAUCCCCUCCUUUGAAUGCUUGUCCAUCCCCUCCUUUGAAUGCUUGUCCAUCCCCUCCUUUGAAUGCUUGUCCAUCCCCUCCUUUGAAUGCCUGUCCAUCCCCUCCUUUGAAUGCCUGUCCAUCCCCUCCUUUGAAUGCCUGUCCAUCCCCUCCUUUGAAUGCCUGUCCAUCCCCUCCUUUGAAUGCCUGUCCAUCCCCUCCUUUGAAUGCCUGUCCAUCCCCUCCUUUGAAUGCCUGUCCAUCCCCUCCUUUGAAUGCCUGUCCAUCCCCUCCUUUGAAUGCCUGUCCAUCCCCUCCUUUGAAUGCCUGUCCAUCCCCUCCUUUGAAUGCCUGUCCAUCCCCUCCUUUGAAUGCCUGUCCAUCCCCUCCUUUGAAUGCCUGUCCAUCCCCUCCUUUGAAUGCCUGUCCAUCCCCUCCUUUGAAUGCUUGUCCAUCCCCUCCUUUGAAUGCCUGUCCAUCCCCUCCUUUGAAUGCCUGUCCAUCCCCUCCUUUGAAUGCCUGUCCAUCCCCUCCUUUGAAUGCCUGUCCAUCCCCUCCUUUGAAUGCCUGUCCAUCCCCUCCUUUGAAUGCCUGUCCAUCCCCUCCUUUGAAUGCUUGUCCAUCCCCUCCUUUGAAUGCCUGUCCAUCCCCUCCUUUGAAUGCCUGUCCAUCCCCUCCUUUGAAUGCCUGUCCAUCCCCUCCUUUGAAUGCCUGUCCAUCCCCUCCUUUGAAUGCCUGUCCAUCCCCUCCUUUGAAUGCCUGUCCAUCCCCUCCUUUGAAUGCCUGUCCAUCCCCUCCUUUGAAUGCCUGUCCAUCCCCUCCUUUGAAUGCUUGUCCAUCCCCUCCUUUGAAUGCCUGUCCAUCCCCUCCUUUGAAUGCCUGUCCAUCCCCUCCUUUGAAUGCUUGUCCAUCCCCUCCUUUGAAUGCCUGUCCAUCCCCUCCUUUGAAUGCCUGUCCAUCCCCUCCUUUGAAUGCCUGUCCAUCCCCUCCUUUGAAUGCCUGUCAAUCCCCUCCACUCCCCUCAACCCACAGGCGCUAUUAGCGAUACUAGACAGCCCGUUGAAUAAAGCUGGAAGGCUCAAGGCUCUCUACGUGGCGACCACGCGCAACACACUCGUCCAAGUCAACCCGCACAUCCGCAUUCCCCGCACGUUCCGCCGCUUCUGUGGCCUCAUGGUUCAGCUGCUGCAGAAGCUAUCCAUACGCGCUACAAACGGACCUGAUAAGCUGCUCAAAGUCAUCAAGCACCCAGUCACCAAGUACCUGCCGCCUGGGUGCCGAAGAAUAGGCUUGGAGUAUAGCGCACAGAAGGUGGUGCAUCUGCGUCAAUUCUUGAAGACAACCAACUCGGAAACACUAGUCUUUGUGGUGGGGGCGAUGGCUAGUGGGGAUAUCAGCAGUGACUAUGUGGACGAGAUGAUUGCAGGUGGGUUGAGAGGGGUGGGGGAGGGAACAAGUGGGGGUUGGCAUCUAAAGUGA